AUGGACGAUGCGUCCUGGGACAGUGGCACCCGCAACCCGUCUUCGCUCAUCACCUCAGCCAUGGCCACCACCUUGAACAUGCUGGCGGCCCGUCAGCACAUUCAGAACAUCAGCGCCGCCUCAACGGUAGAGCCGCACUGGGGAUAUGCCGACCGCGUCGUACCGUGCGUCAACGACGCCGGGAGUUGCACGUACCUCGAUGUUGUAUACGCAGCGCACGACAUUGGCAUGUACUACACAGGCAUCAUCUGGGCCACCAUCGGCGGCAUCCUUGUCGUCUGGGCGAUUGGGCGACAUUUCUUGCGCGCGCACCCUUCAGGCGUCGUGCUGCCCGCAGACCUCGCAGGCGAAGGCGUCAACAAAAGAAGGAAUGCGGUACAAAGAUUCGCGACCGCUGCUCCAUCAUACGCCCGUUCCUACCUGCUCCCAGAUGCAAACCGCUUCAUCUUUGGUCGCGUGACACGAACCCAGGUAUUGACCCUCGUUGUCUUGGUCGGCUAUCUCACCAUCUGGUCGUUUGUUGGCAUCGUCUACGGCACCUGGGUCACGCCUGUCAAGAAACAGCCCAAUCUUCACAACACCCGAACCAGUCUGGGACCAUGGGCUGAUCGUGUGGGCGUCAUUGCCUAUGCCCUGACCCCACUCUCCAUCAUGCUCUCCAGCCGCGAGUCCAUCUUGUCACUGGUUACUGGACUCCCCUACCAGAGCUUCAACUUCCUCCACCGUUGGCUGGGAUAUCUCAUAUUCGCCCAAUCCUCGCUGCACACCAUUGGUUGGUGCAUCAUCGAGAUCAAGCUGUACAACCCUCAACCCUCUACUGGCCUGACCUGGAUUCGCCAGCUCUACAUGAUAUGGGGUCUGGUCGCUAUGAUCCUCCUUUGCCUGCUCGUCAUUCUAUCUACCCCUUGGGGCAUCCGCAUGACCGGUUACGAGGCUUUCCGCAAGCUGCACUAUGUUCUUGCCAUGGUGUACAUUGGCGCAUGCUGGGGCCACUGGGAGCAACUCAAGGUGUUUCUCAUUCCGGGCCUGAUUGUAUGGAUCAUCGAUCGUGCUAUUCGUCUUGGCAGGACUGCUCUGCUGCAUUACAAUUUCUUGCCCUCCGGACACAUGGGUUUCCGCCCCGCGCCUGCAGACAUUACCUUCUUCAAAGACGAAACCCAUGGCGAUGUUGUCCGCCUGGAUUUUGAUCACCCCCAGGAUGCUUGGUCUGUCGGCCAGCACUUCUACCUCAUGUUUCCCGAGAGCAGCAUCUGGCAAUCCCACCCCUUCACGCCCCUCAGCCUUCCGGUCUUUGGUGCCGACACCCAACGCCACUCCUACAUUUUCCGCGCGAAAAAGGGUGAAACCCGCAAGAUUGCCCAACUCUCUGCUAAACGCGCAGUUCGCUCCGCCGACCCUCAAGAAGCCCACGAAGGUCUCAUGGGCAAUGCCCGUCUCUCCGUCGUCCUCACAGGGCCCUACGGCGAGCAGACAACCCGCGACCUCGCUUCCGACUCGAAUAUCCUCUGCAUUGCUGGUGGGACUGGCAUCACUUACGUACUCCCCGUGCUCCUCGACAUGGCGUCGCGCCCUCAGAACCGUGAACGCAAGCUUUCUCUCGUAUGGGUGAUCCGUCAUCGUUCAGAUAUUGAGUGGGUUGCACCUGAACUUGCAAUUUUGAAGCGCAAGUGCCGGAAUCUGCGCACGGGGAUCCAUAUCCAUGUUACCCGCGCGGCCGAAGAUCACUACCACGAACCCAACGUGCCGACGACGGCUGAGAAGGUUACGGCAACGGAUUGCGCGCCUACAAUGAACAGUAGCUGCUGUGCACCCAAGGAGAUCGGUAGCUGUUGUGCGCCCAAGGACAUUGAAAACGAGGUCCAGGCCAAGAGCUGCUGUCAGAGUAAGGAGAUACAGACAAUUUCAAACUCUUCGGGGUCGUCAUCCGCGUCCGUAUCAUCAGCAUUGUCUGUUCAUGGUGUGAGCAAGUCGGAGUUGAACCUCGAUCACAUCCAGGCACGUCCUGAUCUCAGACUUAUGGUGGAGGACUUUGUUGCCUCGACAGUGCGCGGCAGGACGGACGUGUUCGCCUCAGGACCGGGUGGUAUGAUCAGCGAUCUACGCACUAUCAUCGCGGGCGUAAACAAGGGUGGUGAAGUGUGGAAGGGCGAGGAAAGGUGGGACGUAAGAUUAACUUGUGACGACCGGUUGGAGUGGUAG